AUGUCGGACUACGUUCCGCUGGCAGCCCAGGCGCGGGUGAACCUGACCGGUGACGCCACAACGCCGGCCGGCGUCCGCCCCACCACCAUUCCGGCAGUGACGCUGCGUCUGAUUUACGAUCUAGAUGCGUUGGCUAAAAUUCCCGUCGACCCUGACAUUCCGCCGCCACCUGUAGGCGACCCCCAAAAGCGACGUCCUAGCCAGCCGGAGGAGGACUCUUCGUCUAGCGAUGAGGAGGAGGAACCCCAGCCCGGCCCGGGACCUAGACGCCAACGGCGGCCGCUCACUCGAGCCGAGAGGGAUCGAAGAGAGAUAGAGGAGGCGUUGGCCGAGGACGAACUCGAGGAUAGGCUGAACGCGAGCGUCCCGCGAGGAGAGUUUACGACGGCUGAGUUUGUGGUCGAGGAUCUGAAGAACAGCGACAUCGAAGUGCUGAUAGCCAAUGCCCUUCGCCACACGGAGACGCUCGAGGAAGGGUCGUCGCUGCGGCAGUACAUAUCGUGGAUACUAGACUACAAGCGGUGGGCGGUGGAUGCUCUUCCGUCAGAAGGUGACGACCUAGAGCCGGGGUCCAUACUCACUGACAAGGACGAAAUCGGCAAGCACAUCGGCGAUGAUUUGGGCGAACGUUGGCACACCGCCCCGCGCCAGUUCAUCUGGUUGCACGACCCGAGGACCAACGAGCCUCGAAUUCGCGCUUACGUCUUGUUCAGAGCGCGAGAGACCCUCAUCGAGGCAAUGAGGAGCGAAGAGGGCAACACCGCCAUGCGCACGCAGCCGAUCAAGCCUUGCACGGUCAACAUGCUACUCGGCCGCAUCAAGGCCCUUCAGAUGGCGGCCAAGAUAGAGGCGACCUUGUACAAGGAGAAGGAGCUGCACAUCAUGCAGGACAUCUCGGUCGUCCGCACGGAAGUGCGCGUCAUGGUUCGCGGAAAGAACAAAGCCGACACCAACGUACGCGAGAUCACGCUCGCCGACAUCUUUCUGUACCGCCUUGCUAGCGGGUCGUCGGUGAACCCUGACAACCGGCCAAUGGUCAUGGUCAUCGCGCAGCGCAACUCGAAGACGUGCAAGGACGCCCGUCUUCAUCACAGCUACGCGGCGAGGCACUUAGAGGCGGAACUGUGUGCUGUGGGCGAUACAAUCCUCUGGCUGCACUUCAUCUAUGACCAGGUCCCCCAGAUCUUCGGCGUCCGCAUAAUUCCGCCGCUGGACGUACGCCGACCGGAGCUCUGGUACGACAAGCAUCUCUUCUUCGCCCGCUACGACAAGGAUCAGGGUUUGCUGCCGUCGUCGAGCCAGCAACGAAUCACUCGGCAGCUGUGGACGGCCAACAAGGUUUUCAUCAAGCGCAACGUGCACGCCGCUUGCGCCGGCAGGGCACAAGAGCUGGCUGACCAAGGCACGCCGCGCGCUGAGAUAGCCGAAUUGGGUCACUGGGCUAUUGACAAGAUGACGAGGAGUUACAUCACUUCAAUUCCAGUCGGGGUGGUGAUGAGGAAGGCCGGCUACUCCGGAGCCCGAAGCGACUACUUCCUGGGCCGCAGCAGGCUACCUCCCAGCGCAGACCUCGAAAAAACCAUCGCCGCGCACAUAUUUCCCGACGUCGAGGAACAGUUGGGGGCGGCGGAAGAGCUCGCACAAGGGCCUGAGGCGAACACGGCCGCGGUGCACUUCAUCCAGACCAUGCUGGAUGCACGCCGCACUGCGGCCGAGGACCUCGCGGUGAAACUCGUCCGCACUCCGUGGCACCCUCAGGUCCAGGCUUCGAGGCUUUGUCGGGAUCGCGACUUUCAGGCGUGGGCGAAGGACAUCGAGAAGAUUGACACCGAGACGAUCGCCAAGCGCCAGUCGCCGAUCCCGACGCAGCCAGCUGUCGACCUUCUGAACGAGACGCUGGCCCACGAGAGGCACAAAGCGACGCUCAAGCAGAUGAAGGUGGAGAAGGAGCUCGAGGAGGCGCGUGCUGCUAUCGCGGCGAGGGACGCCGAGAUCUCCCGGCUGAUGGAGGAGCUCAAAAUCUCCGAGGCACGUAGGGCGCCAGCGCCACAGGCGCCUUCUAGGCCGACGACCCUGGAAGAGGAGGCAGCUGCGGCCGCUAAGCAUGCUCAGUUGGACGCCGACGCUUGCUACGAGGCCCUGGUUGUCGACCCAUGGAGAAAGGCCGAGACUGUGGCAGAGGCCUGGCGCUUCUGGAACCGCCCCACCACCACGGACCGCCGGCGUCUCUGCGACAGGAUCAACGAGCCAGGUUUCAUCGGGCGGCACAGCCUCCUGGGCAAGUCGUCGGCCGACGCAAAACAGGGUGAGAUGCGCCGAAUGAGGAGGGCGAUGGGGGUUCGUCGCCGCUUAGCUACUUUCUUUUAG